ACUGCGCCUGCGCGGCGGGCUCGGCGGGGGCGGGCUGCGGGCCUCGGCGCUCCCCAGCGGAACUGGUUCCUGCUGGGUCUGGGUCGCCGCCGCCCAGGUUCUCUCGCUCAUGGUGCGCCUGUGAGGCGGUCCGCAGGCCGACGUGUCCUCGGCAUGGAGCACAUCCGUACGACCAAGGUUGAGCAAGUGAAAUUACUUGACCGAUUCAGUACCAACAACAAGUCAUUAACAGGAACACUAUAUCUUACGGCCACACAUCUAUUAUUUAUAGACUCUCAGCAGAAAGAAACCUGGAUAUUGCAUCAUCAUAUUGGCUCAGUGGAGAAAUUGGCUUUGACGACUUCUGGAUGCCCACUUGUGAUUCAGUGCAAGAACUUCAGGAUUGUGCAUUUCAUUGUUCCCAGAGAAAGAGAUUGCCAUGAUAUUUACAACUCUUUGCUACAACUGUCAAAACAAGCAAAAUACGAAGAUCUCUAUGCGUUCUCUUAUAACCCCAAACAAAAUGAUUCUGAACGACUGCGAGGUUGGCAGCUUAUUGACCUUGCUGAGGAAUAUAAGAGAAUGGGCGUGCCGAAUUCAAACUGGCAGUUGUCUGAUGCCAACCGAGAAUACAAGAUUUGUGAAACUUAUCCUAGAGAACUUUAUGUUCCCCGAAUAGCAAGCAAACCAAUAAUUGUUGGUAGUUCUAAGUUCCGGAGCAAGGGAAGAUUUCCAGUUCUUUCCUACUAUCAUCAAAAUAAGGAGGCUGCCAUUUGUCGAUGCAGUCAACCACUGUCAGGAUUCAGUGCCAGGUGUCUGGAAGAUGAACAUUUGCUUCAAGCCAUUAGUAAAGCCAAUCCAGCCAAUCGCUAUAUGUAUGUCGUGGAUACCAGACCUAAACAUCGCAUGCAGAGCUGGUGGGCUACACAAAAGGACAUUGGCAGAAUUAUAGUGAGGAUUUCUUCAGAAAUCUGGAAUGAUGAAAAAAUAAGAGAAAGCGAUGAGAAAAAGCGACUGAAUGCAAUAGCCAACAGAGCAGCUGGAAAAGGUUAUGAAAAUGAAGACAACUAUUCUAAUAUUAGAUUUCAGUUUGUUGGAAUUGAAAAUAUUCAUGUCAUGCGGUCCAGCCUUCAGAAGUUAUUGGAAGUUAAUGGUACCAAAGGGCUUUCUGUCAAUGAUUUCUACUCUGGUUUGGAGAGCUCAGGAUGGCUUCGUCAUAUCAAAGCUGUCAUGGACGCUGCAAUCUUCUUAGCCAAAGCAAUAAUGGUGGAAAAUGCAAGUGUGUUGGUUCAUUGUUCUGAUGGCUGGGAUAGAACUUCCCAGGUUUGUUCCCUUGGCUCUCUUUUAUUGGAUUCCUACUACAGAACAGUCAAAGGAUUCAUGGUUUUAAUAGAAAAGGAUUGGAUCUCCUUUGGACAUAAAUUUUCAGAGAGGUGUGGCCAUUUGGAUGGAGACCCAAAGGAAGUUUCACCAGUGUUUACUCAGUUCUUGGAAUGUGUGUGGCAUUUGACUGAACAGUUUCCACAAGACUUUGAAUUCAAUGAAGCGUUUCUUCUUCAGAUUCAUGAACAUAUUCAUUCAUGCCAAUUUGGAAACUUCCUUGGAAAUUGUCAGAAGGAAAGAGAAGAACUCAAGUUAAAAGAGAAGACUUACUCCCUGUGGCCAUUUCUUCUGGAUGACCAAAAGAAGUACUUAAAUCCACUGUACAGUUCCAAUUCUCAGAAAUUUGCUGUUUUGGAGCCAAAUACAGCAUCUUUCAAUUUUAAGUUUUGGAGAAACAUGUACCACCAAUUUGAUCGAACAUUGCAUCCCAGGGAGUCAGUGUAUAACAUAAUUAUGAAUAUGAAUGAGCAAAAUAAACAAUUAGAGAAAGACAUUCAAGACUUAGAAUCUAAAAUUAAUAAACGCAAAAAUGAGCAAAUAGAUGGAGUUCUCACCAAGGAAUUGUUACAUCCAGUUCAUCCUGAGUCACCUAUCAUCAAAACCUCCCUUUGUUUUAAGGAGCAGACUCUGUUACCUGUGAAUGAUACUCUUCGAACUAUAGAGGGCAGCAACCCAGCGGAUAAUCGUUACAGUGAAUACGCUGAGGAGUUUUCCAAAUCCGAACCUGCUGUGGUCAGCUUAGAGUAUGGUGUGGCAAGAAUGACUUGUUAGACUCCUAGAGUAUUUUCUGGACUGACUGUAAUGCAAGAAAUGGAUCGUUGUAAGGAUGAUCUGUGUGCAUAAUGAAAAGGAAUUUGUCUAAUAAAGAUCUUAGAGUUUAAUAGUAGGUUAAUCAUUUAAGGAAGGAAAAUAACUGCUCUUGUGAGAGGAGUUAGUGUAACUGCAUUUCUAGUAAGGAAUGACUUUCAGUUCUUUAAGAAACAAGUGAUAUUGACAUUUAUUCAAAACAAUCUGCAUUGUAUACUAGCAAAUUGACAUUUCUGUAUGAUUUAUAUGAUAAUUAGAGUCAAACGUAAGUAGCUUUACUUAACUAUAAUUUAAUUACCAGUAAAUAGAACUUGACAAGGCAGUCCCUUAAUAAAUGACAUGGCAUGUUCUUUCCAUUAUGCAACCAUGUAACUGAAUUUUUACAUAUUUUACCUAUAGUGAUGUUUAAUGUUGUGCCAUGAAAAAUAUUUCUAAGAAAGCCUUAAAAUCUCAGUUUAUUCUUUACUCUUAGGUUUUAUAGCCGAGAGCAGAAUUUUGUGUUUGGUUUUCUUUUUGCCAGCCUUGUUUUAUCUGUGAAGUCUGUACUCAUUACUGCAGGCCUUGCAUGCUACACUACUCCUAUAUAGAAAGUUGCACAGGCACACUGUUAAGUUCAUGUGUAGCUUAUCCCACUUCCAUAGUCAAAAUGAAACCACAGUUUUUAUUCCAUUUACAAUUUGCUUAGUACUACCUUUGAUGACUUAUUAUUUACAACAUAGGUUAUUGAUUUUUUAAAAUAUGUUUUAAGCACAUUUGACUAUCUUUCAUUAUAUGGGUUACUGUAUUCUAUUGAUUCUUAUUUUGUGGUUGGCUUUAUUCUUUUGAUAACUGUAAUUUUAAAAAUACAAAGUUCUAAAGCUGUUUUUAGAGCAAUGAAUAAUACGUACGUAUUUUAAAAUUGUUUUUAUCUCUAAAUGAGUUAUUGCUCUUCUUAGAAUAUUUUACUUUCAGUUUAUCUAAACAUUUUGGGAUAAAAAUCAAAAGGGGAAUACAGAUAGUUAUAUUUUGCUUGGUUAUAUGAAUCUUAAAGCAGUCAUUUCUAUAUGGAAUACUAUUUUCUGUUAAUAUAUAAGUAAAAAGAGGAAAAUGAAAGGUAGCCUAAUACAAAGUUAAUAUUUAACAAAAAGAACUUAACUGCUGGGAAGAGUUUCAUUUUGCCAUGUUUUGAAAAAAAAGCACUGGUAGUUGAUGGUUAGGCAACCCACAUUCACACAGGGCCUGGAUGCCUGAGGUAGGACUGCUGGAGCCAGCUGGCUUCAUAAUAGAAAAUGUAAGUAACAUGGUGGCACGAGCUAUAAUUCAAGGGUAUAAAGAACUCUGCAAAGGGCCCUUCAUGCUUCUCUUUAUUAUACCUAUAUCUAUUAUUAGUUUUGAGCAUAAAUAUCUUUUUCAAGUGGAACAAAAGCUUUAUUGUAUGAGAACUUAUCAAAUCCCAUUUAUUUUUCCAAUGCUUUUCUGUAACAAACUAUGUAAUUAAAAUACCCCUUUAUAAGCAGUAACAGAAAUACACUGUAUAUAAAAUAUAAUUUGUGAUAUUUAAGCACUGGGACAGGAAACUUAAUCUUUGUGACCACAAAGGGAAAGCUUUCGUGCCUUGUUAUUUGGUUCCAAUACUGAUUGUGGUUUUAGACUCUUCCAUAGAAGACAUUCUAUAGUCAGCUCUUUGGUUUAUUAUCUUACAGUCUUCAACUUGAGGCAGAUAUAUGUAUGUUUAUGUGUUCUCACAUGGACUGAAAAAUCAGUUAACAUUCUAUAUAGGGUAUAUAUUGGCAAAAGGCAGAUUGUGUAUGUCUUAUAAAGUUGGAUUUAUGUUCAAUGUGUUUGGGAAUGUAUAGCAUGUAAAUUAUUUCAUAUAUUAUUUAAAGGUAAUUAAAUGUUCAGGUUUUACUUUAAAUGUUUUGCUUUGGGGGAAAAAAAACAUGGGAUCAAGUUGUAGUUGUUUGUUUUCCCUCUCCUUGGCAAAUGGACCUGCAUCUUACGCUAAUCAUAACAGUAUCAGGUUUGAGCACUUCAUUUUCCAAAAGACAGAUGUUGACAGUGGGCUAAAAGUUCCAGGAGAUAUAGCUGGUAACAUCAUUAAAUUUUCCUUUUGUGGUCUUGUCACUUCCUGUUGUUAUAAUCAGGAUUUUAUCUUGCCCUUACCAACUUGUUAAUGGAAGGCAGUGUCCAAUGAGUAUGCACAUUCAAGGUGAAGCGUCUCUUCAAAGGCAGAUCUGGAUGUAAACAUGAGGAAGAAAAUGAUUGGCAGAGAAGAAUAUUCAUUUUAUUUGUGGGUGUU